CGCUACGAGCUGCUGAAGGCCGACGGCUACCGAGUUUUCAGACGAAAGCUAGAGGUCUUCGAGAGGUGCUGCCGCAAGCGCGGCACGACCGCCAUCAGCGAGGGAGCGUUUCUGGUCAUGAACUCGCUGCAAGGAGAGGCGGCUGAGGCCACGGAAGAGAUCGACUUGGACCUGCUAGAGACGGACGAGGCCUUCAGGCCGCUGUUCAAGGUCCUGGAUGAGUACCACAAGUAUGAUAACCAGACUGAGCUGUCAGCCCGGACGGAUCAGUUCUUCGGCAGGUUCGCCCGCCAGGAGAAGGAAUCCAUGAAGAUGUACUGCCUACGACAUCAGCGCGACAUAAGGAAGCUGAAGGAAGUGGGCAUGGAGAUCCCAGAUAUGCUAGCGGGCUGGCACCUCCUCACAAGAGCGGCGAUCCCACCGUCAGGUGCCGCCCAGGUUCGGAGUCAAUGCGUAGACGGCCUCAGUUGGCAGAAAGUGAAGAAGGCGUUGCUCGACACGUACGGAGCCGAAGGUCUGCCCGACAAGCGCGACAUCAAACGAGUGGAGAAUAUGCUGUUCGGGCAGAACACCAAGGACGAUGCUCACUACACGAACGAUUACGAGUGGGAACGAGGCCUGAGCUACGAAGACACGUACCUGGAGGAGGAAGAGUAUGACGAUGAAGAUGAGUACGAGUACGAAGAUGCAGACGAGGAGGCCGAGAUCGCGGAGGAGUUGCCCCAGGAUGUUGAGGACGCUCAGCUCGCGUGCGACGAGGCCUACCUGAGUUUCGUGGAUGCCACGAAGCGUGUGGCUGAGAUCGCGAAGUCCAGAGGCUUCUACCCGAUCGUCGCCGUGGCGCCCGACAACAACUACCGUGAAGCACGACCGGCCCGAGCCCCAGGCAAAGGCAAGGGACGUGGACGAGGCAAGGGUAAAGGCAAAGGCAAAGGAUCCAGUCAGCCACGACGAGAUCCAUCAGCGUUCAAGUUCCCGAAAGCCCCGUUCACCCGCUCGCCGCCUGCAUCGAGUGCGGGAUCGAUCGGGGCGGGCUCGACCCAGCAGCACGGCCCGAGAUUCAAGAGGUUCUGCCGCGGCGGGUUCAGCAGGCCGGAGACCGAGUCAGGUAACAUGGUCGAGGACGUCGAGACGUUGGAGUACGCGAACUCGACCGAGGAGGUGUUCCUGCUUACGGUCGGCAAGGGCAUCGGCGACGGAGGCGCAACGCGGCCCGUCAUGGGCGACAAGGUUUGGGCGCAGUGGGAGGAGCUGCUGCGCGUGAAGCAGUUGCUGCACGAGGUCAAGUAUGAGAAGAGUGAUCGACGGUUCAGGUUCGGAGACGGUAAGACGCUUGAGGCACAGAAAGCAGUGGCGUUGUCGGUAUGGCCGUUCGGGAUCAAGAAGCAAGUCACCAUCCACCUCGUCGAGGGGUGGGCGCCGCUGCUCAUCGCCAGGCCCUGCAUGGAGGAGUGGGGUCUCAUUCAGGAUUAUCGAGCAGGCACGUUCAUGAUGAAGGACCUCCCCGACAAGGGCUGGAUGAAGUCUGAGCGAGAUGAGAAGGGCCACUUCAUCAUUGAUUUGCUGGGCAGCGCCGGGAAGGAAGCAGACGACGCCACGAACGAGGGCGCUCCCACGGACGGCGAGGAGAGCAGCGACGACUCGACGGACAAGACCGUCCCGGAGUUCUACGACAUCGGCAGCGACGACGAGGCGCUGACGACCAAGGGUUUCCUAUACAUGGACGCGGACACCUACUCCGACCUGAUCUUGGCCCUAGAGCAAGCGGAGACCGACAUGAAGGACACGCUUAGAGGACCCCGCGAGCGCGUGGUCUGGGAGGUCUUCGUGGACCAAGGGGCGCUGUCGGAGGAUCUGCUGGAGUUCCCGCAGGUCAAGGUGAUCCAGUUCAGGAUAUGGUGUUCUUGGCAACGUGUCAAUGAGAAGUUGUCGGAGGAACACGCGAAGGAGAUCAACCUCACCCGACAGAGAGAGGAGAAGACGUUCCUCAAGAUGGUUCGAGAUGCGUUUGUGAAGCAGCAGAACGGCGGACGUCAUGCGUACGUAGAAGGCCCGUGGCAAGGGCUACAGUGGCAGACCAAGACCUGGCAGAAGCUGCCUGGAUACCACUGCCGGCUCGACCAGUGCAGGUUGGGCGCGAAGUUCGAGAUCAAGGGUAAGUUCAUGCCGUGCCAGAAGCCCACGCGACUCCAGUCCACGAACAAAGAGUUUGUUCACCACGUGAACAUGAAAUUCAGCUGUACCGAGGAGCACGUGGUUUUGCGCGGCAGGCUUGCCCAGCAGGCCCAGAACUACCCGAGACCGAUGGCGCGAAGGAUGGCCUACUUGAUCGCCUAUCAGGGCAUGGCCGAUGACAUUGAGGAUGCCAACGCCGCCGAGGAGGUCUCCCAGGAUAUUGACGCCAUCGAGUACACCGACGUGAUGCAGGAGCUGAUGAAGCGUUUCAACGUGUCGACGACCAGGGCGGUCAGGCGCGCUCACAUCAGCCUGGGCCACCCUUCCAACGCGGCACUGGCUACCGCCAUGAAACACGCGAAGGCCCCGGCCGAGUGGCUCCAGUGUGCCAAGCUCUUCCAGUGUGCAGUGUGCCUGAGCAGGCAACGACCGCGAGCAGUGCGCGUAGCUGUGCUGCCGAAGGCUAGACGGCUCAACGAGGUCGUGAACACCGACGUCUACUACGUCACCUGGAAGAACAAGGAGCGAAAGAUCGUGGCCAUGAUGGAUGAGUUUACGCGCUGCGAGGUGGACUACCCGAUCGCGAAGGAGACUUUCAAGAAGGAGGUGCAGCUGUUUCAGAAAUUGUGGAACAGCUGGGCUGGCAAGCCCGACGCCAUGAGGAUGGACAUGGCGGGCUCGCACACGUCAAGAAAGAUGCAUCAGUGGAUGAGCAAGCACGACAUCGCGCUCGACCUGAUCCCGAAGGGCGCGCACCACAAGCUCGGACUCGUGGAGCGCAACCAUGCGGUCAGGAGGGAGCAGCUCAGCAAGUACCACCUGCAGUUUCCCGACGACUCGCCCAAGACCGCGCUCAGGAUGACCGCCAGCCAGCGGAACAUCUUACGCAACGUGCACGGGUAUUCGCCCGCGACGCUGGUGCUGGGUACACAGCCCAAGGUGCCUGGCGCGCUGUGCGACGAGGACUUCGGCCUGGCGGAGCAGGCCGCGCUGGUCGAUCCCAAGAGCGAGGUGCACGAGAUAAUGGUCAGGCGCGCUGCGGCGGGGACGGCACUCUCCGAGGCCAACUGCUCUCGUGCCGUGCGAGCUGCGCUGUUGGCGCGCAGCAGGCCGACGCGCCGCGAGUGCCAGAUCGGCGAGUGGGUCUACUUCUGGCGACCCGAGAUGUCGACGGGCAUGGAGAAGUGCCACUGGCAUGGCCCGGCGCUGGUGGUGGCGGUGGAGUCGAAGGUCAACGAGGACGACGUGAUGCACGCGUCCGUGGUGUGGGUCACGCACGGGUGCACGAUCUACCGAUGCACGGUGGAGCAGCUCCGCCCCGAGCUGCGGACCAAGGGUACCUGCAGCUUCAGUGACCUCGCCGAGGGGGGCCAGCGGCCCCAGUGCGACGACGCCCUGGGCGACAUGGGCGCACGGCAGCCCGGCGCCCAGGGACACCCCGAUGGAGAUCCUGUUGGACAAGGACGAGAGGAGCCGAGUGGAGCGGCUGCCGCGGCAGCUCCCGAGGCCCACCAGCCAGCUGAGGCUGGCGAGGAGGCGGCUCCAGACCCCGCGCCUGCGGGGGCCAGCGCUGCGCGAGAGCGUGGCGCCGCUGCGAGGGAGCCGAGCAGAGUCCACAUCGAGGCGAUGGCCAAGAGGAGCAUCGAGGAGGCCGACAGGCUGGGCGGCAUCCCCUUGGCAAAACGCGCCCGCAUGUCGUGGGCCAGGCUCGCGCCGCAGCAGGAGCGGGGGCAGUUCUACGCAGCCAAGCUGGAGGCCCUCGAGGUGUUCAACAAGAACGACGGCUGGGAACCCAUCGACGAGGCGGAGGUGGACCCAGCGGCGUGUUGCCCGCUACGCUUCCUGCUGAAGUGGAAGGUGAAGGACGGGCAGCUAGUGGCCAACGCUCGAGUGCUCUACCAAGGUAUCAAGCACCGCGACGUGGCCGAGAGCCAGCUUGACAAGGAGGCGCCCACUUUGAGCAGGCUGGGCCGACACACGGUCAUGCUGUGGGCAUCUUUGAGGAAGUGGAGACUGUUCGCUGCGGAUGUGAAGUCCGCAUUCCUGCAGGCCGAGGACGUCAGUGUUCGCGGCAUCAAGCUGUGCGCGAGCCCGACGAAGGAGAUGAGGGGCAUGCUUGUACACCAGAUCGGCCUGCAGCCAGGACAUUUGCUCAAGAUGAUCAAGCCUUGCUUUGGGGGGCCGCGGUCGCCCAAACUCUGGCACUACCGCUCCGACGAAGUCACGAGGGAGAUCGGGUUCAGGAAUCGCUGGCUCGAGGAUUGCUUGCUGCUGUCCUUGCGGGCCGCGCGACCCUCGGACGACCCGUUCGACGUGUGCAGCUUCGACGGCCAGACGUUCGUGGUGGACGGGUUGAUCGGCAAGCACGUGGGCGACUUCAUCGGCUGCGGCGAGAACGCGAGUUGCGAGGAUGACCUAUGCGCCAAGCUGGACGACACCGAGUGCUUCCAGGCGCGGCUGGGCAUGCUCAGCGAGAAGUUCAAGUUCGGCAAGUGGGAGUUCGGACCGAGCCUAGUCUUCACCGGCGGCGAGGUGGGGCAGUCCCUGAGCACCCACGCGAUCACCAUCAAGUUCGAGAAGUACCUGCACGCGGUGAAGCCCAUCACCGUGGAAAAGCACCGGCGGGCAGAUCCCACCAGCGCGCUGUCGCCGAAGGAGCUCACGAGUUUCAGGGCCCUGAACGGCCAGCUACAGUGGCCGGCAGCCCAGGGGGUCAUCAUCGCGGUGGCGACCGUAUCGUUCAGAGCCGAAGCGACUGGACACGCGACAGUGCAGGAUUUGCUGGAUGCGAACAUAGAUUUACGGUACCUGAAGGCCAACGCGGAUGUGGGACUGUGCUUCGGCUUCGACAGGCCGUGGAGUGAGUUGCGCGUUGGAGGCUACUCAGACGCGAGCUGGGCCAGUCGACCUGACGGAAGUUCCCAAGGAGGCUAUCAAAUCUUCGUCGGACCCGAGGGCGAGCUCAACGCCGGCACCCCGACACCGUUCGUGGCCAUGGAGUGGGCCUCGAAGAAGCUGGUGCGGUUGUGCAGGAGCUCUCUGUCCGCCGAGGCGCAAGCCGCGGCGCUGGGAGCCGACUCGCUGAUGUGGGUGAAGGUCUUUUUGGCCAUGAGUCUGAGGCCUGACCUCGGACAUGAUGCCGCCAUGACAUACCUCGGAGUGUCGCCGUUCAUCGCGGACGCGAAGUGCCUCUACGACGCCUCGCGGUCAGCGACGGCAGGAUUGGGCAUCGCAGAGAAGAGGACGGCCAUCGAGGUGAAGAUCGUGAACGAGCAGCUGGCAGAGGUCAACGCUAGGUGGAAGUGGGUGAACACCCAGCAGCAGAUGGCAGACGGACUUACCAAGCUUUCGGCGCGCCAGAUGAUGGUGGAUGUGCUACGCCGUGGAGUUCAUGCCUUGCGCUGCGACCCUGACUUCGUGGCCGGCAAGAAGCUCGCCAAGCGUGCGAUGGAGCAACGCGAGAAGAAGCUGGACCAGGCAGGAGAAGAGUUGCUCGACACCUUCGAGAAAGAGCCCGUGGCGAAGGCGAAGGCCAAGGCCAGGACGCGCCAUUUUGGCGCGAGUGGAGCUCGUUUGGCAGCUACGUUGGCAGCUUCGGGAGCGACUGGCUCUGGAGCCGAGGUGGUGCAGUAUACGCCCAGCGGCGUCGAGCUAUUCCACCCACCGACCAACGACGGCUGGGACAACCUGCUGGCGAGGUUGGCCAUGUUCGGAUUCCUGACGGCGAUGCUCAUGGCUUUUGGCUGUGGAUUCUGGGUCGGCACCUGCUGGACGCGCUGGACUACGACGAGCGCUGAGCAGAAGAGCAUCAGGCCGCGUGAGCCUGAGACCGGGCCGACGGAGAAGCAUUACGUCGAGGGGGCCGAGAAGAUGACGACCGGACACGCAGACGCCAAGGUUCCAGCCGCUGCCCGAGUACGCGCGCGGAGCUUUCAUUGGAUAGAGGACGACGAGGGGGACCCAGCCUACGGCUACGUGGCGGCGCUGUCGCAUGAGUUGAGGUGCAUCGAGAUGCACAACUACGUGAGCGCCCACGAGGCGCGGACUUGCUUGCCUGGCGAGAGCGACCGAUCGCCCCGCGUGCUGAAAUAA